AUGGGGACUGCGCCGAAGGAACUGCAGGGCGGCCUUGCCUGGAAGCACCCUUGGAACCGCUUAUGGGAAGAACUGAGCCUGGCCGAAGACCGCAUCCCAGUGGAGGGAAGACGGAGGCCAGGGGCCAGGUCACAGGAGGAAGUGGCCAUCACCAUGGACACCAGCCCGGACCGGUCCUUCUCCCCCGGCAGUCACUGGCUCUACUUCUCCGUGUACCUCUUCACCUUCCUCGUGGGGCUCCCCCUCAACCUGGCGGCCCUGGUGAUCUUCGUGGGCAAGCUGCGGCGCCGCCCGGUGGCUGUGGACGUGCUCUUGCUCAACCUGACGCUCUCAGACCUGCUCCUGCUGCUCUUCCUGCCCUUCCGCAUGGUGGAGGCGGCCAACGGCAUGCGCUGGCCCCUGCCCUUCAUCUUCUGCCCCCUCUCCGGAUCCCUCUUCUUCACCACCCUCUACCUCACCUCCCUCUUCCUGGCAGCUGUGAGCGUCGAACGCUUCCUCAGCGUGGCCUACCCGCUGUGGUACAAGGCCCGGCCGAGGCCGGGACAGGCCGGCCUGGUCAGCGGGGCCUGCUGGCUCCUGGCUGCCGCUCACUGCAGCGUGGUCUACGUGAUGGAAUUCUCCGGGGAGGCCACCAACGGCACCUGCUACCUGGAGUUCCAGAAGGACCAGCUGGCGAUUCUCCUGCCCGUCAGGCUGGAGAUGGCUGUGGUCCUUUUUGGGGUGCCCCUGCUCAUCACCAUCUACUGCUACAGCCACCUGGUGUGGGUGCUCAGCAGAGGCACCAACCACCGGCGGCGGCGGAGGGUGGUUGGGCUCGUGGUGGCCACGCUGCUCAACUUCCUCGUCUGCUUUGGGCCCUACAACGUGUCCCACGUCGUGGGCUACAUCCAGGGUGAAAGCCCGGCGUGGAGAAGUUACGUGCUGCUCCUCAGCACCUUGAACUCCUGCGUCGACCCGCUUGUCUACUACUUUUCAUCCUCUGGGUUUCAGGCUGACUUUCAGGGGCUGCUGAGGAGGCUGACGGGGGCCUGGGGCCCUUGGAGGCAGGAGGACAGCAUGCAACUGAAGGACAAGAAUGAGGAGGGGGGCAGCCGGGGGAGCUGUCCAACGUAGAGAACAGGAGGGAGACUCCUGGAGGGCUGUGGAGCAGGCUGGGCUGCCGAGGGGCCUGGCGGGGGCUCUCGUAGCUCAAGUCGGGCAGGACCGGGGAGCAGGGGGCUGGGGACUGACGUGACUGAGCACCAGGCUGUGCUCACCCAAGCCCGGCUCUCGGUCUCACCCAACUGCCCUCGCUUCCCAUCCCCUGCCCCCCAGGGAUUCAGCCCUGGGAAACAGGAGGAGGGCGGGCACCAGAGAAGCGGGAGCCCCCACGGCCAGCUCCUGGGCUUUCCUUAAGGUGACGGAGGAGGAAUCGACCGCAGUGACGAAGGCCUGAGAGAUGUGCCAGGCAGUGGAAGAAGCCACCCUUCAGAGCUGUUCCUUCCCAGCAGGGUGGGAGUGGGGACACAGGCCAGGCUUCAGGGAGCAUCCUGCUCUCACAGAAGGUUCCCAUUGUUCAGUAAAUUCAGACUUUUAGGGACAUUUAUGAAAAAUUACAGUAGAAAAGUUACCAAUAAAUUUGGUAGCAAGCAAAA